AUGGAGUAUCUACCCAGUCUCCAACAGGAGUUUGAUGAGCAGAAGCCAUCACUUUUCGAACUACUUGCUGAACAGCAACUCUCCGACCUCCUCCCGCCCUCCCUCCGCUACCUUCUUGCCGUUGCGACACACCGACAUCCUCGCUAUCUGCUCCGUAUUCUCAACUCGUACGACGAAGUCUAUGCGCUCCUCUCACUCGUUGUCGAACGCUAUUAUCUCCGCACGUUUGGCGGAUCGUUCACCGAAAACUUUUACUCUCUGAAGCGCGAGCGUGUCCUCCGCACGAAGAAUGGCGAAAUCCCACGCGCCCAGGUCGGCGCGGCUGGUCCCGUGCGUGAUGCCCUAAAGCUGCACUCGACAGACAUUUGGAAGAACCUGCUAGUCAUGGUCGGAAUCCCCUAUCUGAAACGAAAACUGGACGAGGGAUAUGAUAUACAUGCUGCACCACAUGCAUCCCUCGUCAUGGGCGGCGGUCCACGGUACAAUCCCAACGACGAUCUUCCUCAUAAUGCGACAAUUCGCCAACGAAUAUUCCACUACUACAAGUGGUUCCUGCGCAACAUCUAUCCCUCCGUCAACGCAGCAUACUAUUUCUCCAUUUUGGCAUUCAAUCUUGCCUAUCUCUUCGAUAAUACCAAAUACUCCUCCCCCUUCCUGUGGCUAAUUGGGACGCGCAUUCGGCGGCUAGGAGCUGCAGACCAUCGUGCGAUUGCCGCUGUGCUGGAUUCCAAGCCAGCCUCCGCUGGGACCCGUCGCCACCAACGUCCCGGCUCAGGUCUGAUGGGUCUGUUGAGCCCUCAAAAUAUCUACCCACAGCUCCUCACUUCUCUGCGCUACUUCUUGCCCGCUUCGAUCUUCGCCCUUAAAUUCCUUGAAUGGUGGCACGCAAGUGACUUCUCGCGGCAAUUGGCCCGGAAAGCCACCGAGGUUCUCGAACUGCCAGCACCCGUUGUAUCGGGGUUAACCAGCCCUGCAGAGCGACGCAAAGCCGGCCAAGAGGAGAAGGAGAAAAAGCAAGCCGAGCAAGAAAAGAAAGCUUCAGGCGACUUGAAAUCCGCAUUGAAAUCAGCCCGACGUCAUCAGUCUCCAAUCUCCGCGACUUCGUAUCUUCCCAUUUUCACUGUGCCGCUCCCGCCGGCCGAGACGUCGAGCGCGAAUAUGUGCCCAGUCUGUCUGAACACACUGGUCAACCCGACAGCGUGCCAGACGGGCUAUGUGUUCUGCUAUGUGUGUAUUUUCCAUUGGCUGAAUGGCGAGCACCAACGACAGAUUGACUUCAUGAACGGAGAAGGGGCCGGUGCUCCUUGGGAGGAGGAGAUCACAGGCGACGAUGACCCUGUAAAGAGCGGCUCGGAUGGGACUGAAGAUGGAGAUAGGAUUACCCGCAAGCGUGCUGGAAAAUGGGAGAGUGGGAAAGGAAGGUGUCCGGUCACGGGCAGGAGGGUUUUGGGCGGUACAGAUGGACUUCGGAGAGUCCUGAUUUGA